GUAGGUGGGAGCACUGGUUGCCUCUCGCGCUUAGACUGCAGCCUAUUGAAGCAACGAAGAAGAAUGGUUUGAACAAGGAAGUUAAUACUUUACAGGAAGCCAUCGUAAGCUGCCUUUUGUUUUGUUUUGUCUUUGUUUUCUGUAUCGAAUAGGUGGCCAUUUUUUCAUCGGAAUAGUUUGCUAGAUUAGUUGAUAGGUUGUCGUUCAUCUGGUUUGUUACCAUUAAGUUUAUUUUUUACGACAUUUGUCGUUAGACGUGAGUGAGCUUCGCACGCUAACGGCAGAGCUAACAGGCCUAAAGGCCAUCAGUCCAUUGUCUGCCGGUGAGUUAAAUACUUUAUCCUGUUUGUAUCAAGCAGCUAGUUUUAAGUUCACGCGUCGUUUGGAAACAUUAGAUACGGAAGUGAACAAACCGCCCGGACCGCUGUCAUCCGUUCAUCGCCGAGGUAACAUUAGCUGUACCGGCUAACUUGUUUUAUUUUGAACCAGUCAGUUGGCCGACCUUACCAACGGAUCGUUUCGUGCGUUUCAGUAAAUAACAGGAAACCGAUAAUACAGCGAUCUAAAGGGAGAUUGAAGUACCAUGUAUGCCCCGCCGGGUUCUGCUGUCCCCGGAGGCCGGAGGAGGAGAGGGGGCACCUCGCUGCCCAAGCAGCCGGAGCGGAGCCUGGUGUCGGCUCUGCCGGGAGCUCUGUCCAUCACAGCGCUGUGCACGGCGCUCGCAGAACCGGCCUGGCUCCGGGUUCAUGGAGGCACCUGUCCGAGACAAGAGCUGGGGGUGGCAGAUGUCCUGGGGUACAUUGACCCCAAGCUUCUGGACGAUUACUGUGUGAAUCCACAGACCAUCUUGCUGAUGAGGGUGAUCGCUGCCUUCUGUUUCCUGGGCAUCCUGUGCAGUCUGAUUGCUUUCCUCUUGGAUGUGUUUGGACCCAAACACCCUGCCCUAAAGAUCACACGGAGAUAUGCAUUUGCACAUAUUCUCACAGUGUUGCAGUGUGCCACCGUCAUAGGCUUCUGCUACUGGGCCUCAGAGCUCAUCCUGUCUCUACAGCAGCAACACAAAAAGUACCACGGCUCUCUCAUAUACGUCACUUUUGCCAUCAGUUUCUACCUGGUGGCAGGCGCAGGCGGAGCAUCUAUCCUCGCCACAGCCGCGAACCUGCUGCGCCAUUACCCCACCGAGGAGGAGGAGCAGGCCUUAGUGCUGCUCUCGGAGAUGGAGGACAGCAGUGAAACUUUUCCCGCUGACUAUGACAUUGCCAAUCAGUUUCAGCCACCGCCUGCCUACACGCCCUAAUGCCGGCCAGACUGGCCUUGUUAACCCUCGCUUCUUUCUCAGCACGGCUAUUGGCUCGAUGAGCAAACCCCACUCUUAUCAAAUGGAUAUCUUCGCAAAUACUCUCCAUAAUGAACACAGCGUGCACAGUUGGUGCACAAACUCCUUGACUGGACAGUGCUUGGGUGCAUGAAAGCUUUCUUUUGUGGUGGCAGACAUUUAGGAGACGAUUCUUACUUUCACCACUGAAGUUGUUAGUGAUCUGCAUGUAAAUGGUUUUUAGGAAUUGGUUCUUACAUGUAAAGAAAGCUAAUCGGCAAGGAGUGAUCAACAUGGAUCAUCGUAAGUAAUUGAUGAUCAGUGCCAAUUACAGGAUCACGGCAGACCGGCAGCAGUUGUAUUGCUGUCGGUUGGAUUUUCAAUGGAGCUUUCUUAAGCAUUGUUUUUAUUUUUGAUAUGCUUGCUGUGUAUGAUUUUAUUUUCCUGAUGCAUAAAAAAAAAUGCAGAAAUACACUUAAGAUUUUUUUUUGACAUUUCUUUCAUAUAUAUUAUCAAAUAUACCUGAUUAUUUAUUAUUUACUUGUCUGUGCAGACUUACUUUCUUUUCUUUUGCUUGGUAGACACCCGUCACUGGUUUAGUCUUAGUUAAUCACAUCUUUACUUGAAAUAAGAAAAUUGUCCCAAUGUGACCCGUCUUUGUGGUGUUUUAAAAAGGAUCACGGCAUGUAGUGUGUGUGUGUGUUGGAGCGCUCACAACCACGGAGAAAUUGAGAAACGUGUCUGAAUGUUUCACAAUAAGAGACAUUUAGUAACAGGAACCUCACUGCAUAAGUUGGUCGUGUCAUGUUUCUUGUAUUUGAUUUUUAAAAAUAAACCUUAUUUGUACUUUGAUUACCAUAUGUGACCGUUUCAGUACGUGUUUGUUUUAUGCAUGAGUUCUUUCGUGUGCAAAUUUUAAAUCUUCAGGCAGAAUCGUAUGAGAACAUCUUGCAGCCAGGUGAGGCUUAAAAUUGUGAUUGAUGUGGUGACUCGUUGGUUGUAUAUUGUUCUGUUUACUCCAUUCCUGCAUUUUGUUUAUCAAAUUGUCAUAUGCUUUCAUCACCAGUAUGUACAUAUUGAUUGUUUCUACAUAAAAAGUGGUCAUAAAGAUUAAUGCCAUA